AUGGUGCUUACACCCAAUAAUAAAGAACUUGUGAUCCAAUUUCUUGAUAAUACUAUCUAUGACGUUUUCUACAGCGAUAGUGAUAGUGAUGAUUUCAUUAGCGAAGAUGAUGUCAAUAGCAGUUAUGACGAAAAUCGGGACGAAAAUUGGGACGAACACAUAAGAAUAAUGUUAUCGACGAUUGAUGAAAAUAAUAUUGCUCCCCAUUUCAAAGAUAUGGCUCUAGCUAUGAAGGAGCGAGAUGUUAAUGGACUUCAAAUUGCCAUAGAUAAUUUUACUGGAGAUAUAGACGAAUAUUCAAUAGAUGGAGAAACUGCUCUUCAUUAUAUACUAGUUGGAAGGGGUGCUAAUAUGGAAGCUAAAAAUAAAAAGGGAGCCAUUCCUCUACAUUAUGCUUGUGAUAAUAGUUUGUUUAAUAUUGUUGAAUUUAUAUUCAAUAAUAUUAGUGAUAAAGAUAUUAGAAAGAGAAUGUUAAACUCAGUUGAUAGUGAUGAUUCAACGCCUAUGCAUAAAGCAGCAGGUUGUGAAGAUAUCAAUAUUGUUAAAUUAUUAUUAGAUAUUGCUAAAGAGAUCGAUAAUUCAGCUUGUAUACGCAAUAUGAUAGAAGCAGUUGAUGAGGAUGGUCAAACGCCUUUACAUGAAGCAGCAUAUUUUGGAAAAUUGAAAAUUGUAAUAUUAUUACUAGAAUUUGGUGCUUCCCCUAAAACACGUGACAAUGAUGGAAAAGUUAGUUUUUAA